AACUCUGUCCUUUACCACAGUCAUGAGGUUCAAAUUCCCUCUCUUGGCCAUAGGCCUGGAAGUGGUUAUGAUUGUUUUAUUUGCAUUAUUUGUUGAAUACGAGACACAGCAGAAUGCGCCCCAGCAGAAUGCUUCCCAGCAAAAUGCUUCCCAGCAGGGUAACGCUUCAAGUCCAUCAAAGGAGGACCAAUAUUUUCAGUUGUAUCCCUUAUUCCAAGAUGUGCAUGUCAUGAUAUUUGCUGGGUUUGGCUUCCUCAUGACCUUCCUGAAGAAAUAUGGUUUCAGCGGUGUAGGUUUUAACCUCUUUCUUGCUGCUCUGGGCCUCCAAUGGGGUACGAUUAUGCAGGGCCUUCUUCACAGCAAUGGACAGAAAUUUCACCUUGGAAUCAGAGAUAUGAUAAAUGCAGACUUCAGUACAGCCACGGUUCUAAUUUCCUUUGGCGCUGUUCUGGGGAAAACGAGCCCCAUCCAAAUGUUGAUCAUGACAAUUCUGGAAAUUGCUGUGUUUGCUGGCAAUGAACAUCUUGUUAUCCAAGAAUUUGAGGCCACUGACACUGGAGCAUCAAUGACAAUCCAUGCCUUUGGAGCUUACUUUGGUUUAGCGGUAGCAGGAGUCUUAUACCGGCCUGCCCUCAGAGGUGAACACCCAAAUGAAGAAUCUGUGUACCACUCUGACUUGUUUGCCAUGAUCGGAACACUUUUCCUGUGGAUAUUUUGGCCCAGCUUUAAUUCAGCCAUUGCUGAUCAUGGAAAUAAUCAGUAUAGGGCCAUUGUCAACACAUACAUGUCCCUUGCUGCUUGUGUGAUCACAGCCUAUGCCUUUUCCAGUCUUGUUGAACGCCGAGGCAGGCUGGAUAUGGUACACAUUCAGAAUGCUACUCUAGCAGGAGGUGUCGCUGUGGGCACAUGUGCAGACAUGGAAAUCCCCCUAUAUGCUGCUAUGACCAUUGGAAGCAUUGCAGGGAUCAUCUCUGUGCUUGGAUACAAGUUCCUUACUCCACUGUUAGCUAAUAAACUGAGGAUCCAAGAUACAUGUGGGGUCCAUAACUUGCACGGCUUACCUGGAGUGUUUGGAGGCCUUGCCAGCAUUGUGGCCAUAAGCUGGGGGAAGUCUACAAAGUCUAUGGCUAUGCAGGCAGCAGCACUGGGAUCUUCCAUUGGCACAGCGAUUGUUGGAGGUUUGCUUACAGGUCUAAUUCUGAAGUUACCUGUCUGGAACCAGCCACCUGAUGAGUACUGCUAUGAUGAUUCUGUUUCUUGGAAGGUUCCCAAAUUCAGAGAACUUGAUAAUCGCUUCUUUCAACAUGUGAAUCACAACCACGUGGAACAUGAAGUCUAAAUACCGCUUCUAAACUCAGCAUCGUUGAAAUUACCAAGAAGAGUCGAGUUUAAAGAAACAAAAACUUAGUAUUCAGAAAAACAGGCAUGACAAUAGAUACAUUCCAGCCCCAAAUGGCCAGUGUAAAAAUGCCUUUAGAUUUGGUAUUAUUCCUUGAUAUUCAAAUGAUUUCUCAGUUGACAAGAAAUUGCUCAGAAAGCAGUCUAUCCCAGACCCUAAGAAUGACUUUACAAAUGGAUAGGUCAUACUGAGUAUUUGAUUGUAUUUUUGAUAUCUUGCAAAAGAGAUGAAUCAUAGAAAUCAAUACUUCUUGAUCAUAUCAGACUUUACCCACUUUAUAGAUCAGUUUAUAUUGUGGCAUCUUUGUGCCUGUAUGUCAUACACCUAACCACUGCACAUCCCUACCCACUGCAGUCCCUCAUGAUUCCUCACUCCCUCCAGCUGGAUCCCUUUCUUCUCCCAGUUAGAUAUUACUUGUUUUAUCACAUGCAUUCUAUCCACAACCCUUUAGCUUCUUAAUGUACAUACCAUGUCUUCAGUUCCAAAGAGUGUAAGGCUGAAAUCAAAUGACACAUUAAAGAAUCCAUACUAGAAAAAUGAAAGAAAUCUAUGUAAAUAAAAACCAAUAUUAAUGUUCUAGUUAACAUGUUUUUAAAUCUUAAAAACAGUCAUAGUAAUGUUACACUGUUGUUUGCAUAUUCUUAUUCUUGAUACCUUUUAUGGUUAUUAUUUGUAAUAGGAGUUUAAAAGCCAUCUGUGUAAAUUUUCAAAUGAUUAAAUGUUAUUAUAAAAUAA